AUGUUGAGAUAUCCAGAUCACGGCAACGCCACGUCCAACGUGCUGGCCUGGAGCUCCCACUCCGCAAACGUCGAGUCUGUCGCCGACGAGGACGCGGCAGCCGACGCCGACGAGCCACCAGAUUCGACCAUGGCGAGCAACUACCAAGCGUCCCCGCAGUUCAGAAGGGCAUCCGUCUCCAAGACCAGGGAGAACCACGCCUCACUUCUGACACAGGCCCUGCAGAGCGCCUCCGAGGGCGAGUCGCCCGACAGCACUCCAGUCCCCGCCGCGCGACGACGACGAUCCAUUACCAGCCAGAUCUCUCUGGCUUCGACCGCCGAUCUGACGAGCGACACUGGACUGAGCACUCCGGCCAGGACUAACACCCCCAGCCCUCGCCUCCCAAGCAUCGGCUUUGCUGCUCUCCCAUUGGACAAGCACCAUGGCGCGCAUGGACUACAGAUCAUCGGCUCUCUGCCCAGGAAAUCAACGCUCACGAAUGAGCCAGCGCCAAAGCCCACAGAAGCACCCAAGGAUCCCGCCGUGGAGGCCAUCGCGAAGAAGCGCUGCAUCUCCUUCGCCUGUGCAGCGAAACCCAAGGACGAUGCGCCCAAGCCCAAGGCUCCAGUUGCCGCUCAAACCGUGGCUCCAGCGCCCGCAGCCGCAGCUCAACCCGCCCAGCCGAGGAAGACUUGCAUCAAGUUCGCGUGCACAGCUCGCCCUAGCGCCCAGCAGACUCCUCCACAGAAGCAGCGCCUGGAAAUCCCGAAGCAUGAAGACAGUGGUUCGCUCUCGACCGCUGUUACCAAGUCACCCACAACAACGAGGAAGGCACGCUCACCUGUCGCCGCCCGCGCCCGGCCAUCGCCCCGGAGGUCCACGCAGAGUCCUGUUGCCGUUCGCAAGACAAGAUUCAUCACUGCGAACUCCAAGGAUCUGCAGGGUGAAAUCUGCCACUUCCACGAAUUUGCCAGUGACCACCCCACAGAAGAGGAUUGGAUCCGCCAGGAGAAGUGCAUCGCCAAGGCCAGACUCACCAUGGACGACCUGUUGAAGAAGGAGAACGAUAUUCGUCGCCUGGGCAAGGAGGCAGAAGAGGAAGCCGAGCAGGAAGAAGAGGAUGAGGAAGGCGAAGAGGCACUCGAUGAGGAUGACGACGAUGAGGAGAUUGCCGAUGAUGACGACGACGACGAACUCGUCGAAGAGGAAGAUAUGGAGGAGGACGACAAGUCAGGAUACGGGUCCGACGACGACUUCUCGGAUGGCUACAACACCGACGAGGAGUACGGGUUUGCCGAGUCUGACGACGAGGAAAACGACGGACUGCACCUUUGGACUUUCAACGCGCAUCAAGCAGGUCAGGCCCGAGGAUCCGAGACUCCAGUCUUUCGACCUUGGUCUCUGGGCGACCACCACUCGGACUCUUCGACUGGCUCCAGGAAGCACAUACGGGGCAAGCACUCGCAGUCCAGGCUGACCGGCCGCACCAUGACUCCGGAGCUGCCCGACAGCACUGACUUUGUCUGUGGUACGAUGGACGAGGACAGACCGCUGGAGGAAGCCUACCUGACGCGAUUGGCUGCCCGGAAGCAGGAAAAGCUUCGCGUCAUACCUCAGGACAUCGACCCCAGCUUCCCGACCUCUGAGCCGGAAGACGACGACGACGACGACGAUGUCAAGCACAGCCAUGGCAGCGGUGAUCACCUGUGGCUGCAUGGGGAGAUUGAGGAGCUCGAGGAGGAGCGGGCUGACAGACGCCACAGGAGAGGCGAGAAUGCUUCUCCCAAGCGACUUCGAUCCCCUCCGCCCAAGCGGCUUCGCUCUCCUCCACCCAAGGCCCGUGGUCGAUCCCCUCGACGCCUCUUUGAUCGCGCAUCGCCAAAGCGUGUUAAGUCGCCCGCUCCACCAAACGGGCCAAGGUCGCCUCGCGCAUCGCCAACACAUGCCGAGAACGUCUUGGCCUUCAAGACCCUGGCUUCCCGACCGGGGCUCACCCACACCAAGUCCCUUCCUCGUGGUGCCUACUUCCCAGCCCAGGUCAAGUCGGGCAGGAGGACAAGAGCCAACACGGUGAACAGGGACAGCGCUCACGUGCGAGGUGCGAUCGAUAUCGUCAAGGGCCUGGAGCACAAGCGCCAGCGCAGAAAGGAGAAGUUCUACCAGAAGUACUGCAAUCGUGCCCGCAAGGGGCAGAUUCCCGAGAAGAAGGCUCAGCCGGGAGAGGGAGCCGAGAGGAUGCGAGAACUCGGAUUGAUACUGGCCGGAAAGAUGGGCCAGGGCAACUAUGUCAUAUCCAUCUAG